CUAUGGGAUGACCCAUACCGAUUUUUAGAAAUUGUUUUAAAAAGAUGAACUCCGGCACGGUGAUAGUUAAAGGCUUCGUAUUAAAUAAUAUGAAGUUAAAAGUGAGUAAAUUGCAACCAGAGUGACCCUGAAGGCUGACCCAUACCGUUAAAACUUGUUAUUUCCAUCCGAAAUUUGCCAUGGAGGCCAACAACCACUUCUGGAUUUAGAAAAUUAGUUCCUAACUGAAAAUUUAGAAGCGGAGCCUGACUUAACGAGUCAGGGACUCUGUCCCUGACUCGGGCUAUAUAGAGUCUGCACUGUAGGUUUUUUUAAUUAGAAAAUGCAGUUUUCUCAUUUUCUUCCAGCAGUCUUUCAGUGAGGAGAAAAUACAUUUUGGUCUUUUCUCCUCACUAACUUUGAGUGCAAGAUUGCUUGACAAUUUAUCAUAAUACAUCCAUGAUUAAAAAAUUAAUUCUAGAAUCGAGAGCACGAAAUGUGAGUGUUGACAAUUUUUGUGCGGUUUGUUUCCGGGCGACAGUUUGUGCGACGCACACUGGUUCCAAAAGGUACCAGGGUUUUCGAAAAUUGAAGUUUUUUAGGCGUUGAAGUAAUUGUCGCAACCUUGUAAUUAUUACUGAAGUUGUCAAGCAACUUCGGAUUACGAUGGACUUGAAGUACAAGGUUGGUUCAAUGCAUAUGAUAAUUUUGCACCACGACCACACUCACAAAUUGUGAAUCACAAUCAGUCAUGGAGGGGACAGCAACCAAUUACAAUGUCGUCAAUGUCAAAAACUAUCCGAUCGGUACAGAUCCGACCUCUGCAAUUUCACAAGGCGAAGAAUUUCCGGAUCGAAGGAGGUCCUUUAAAAUUCCACGACUCCCACAAGCUUACAUUGGAUAUGCCACGAAACGGUUCACCUUCAUCCCCCUGUCCUUGUUACUUUUGACAUCAAUCAUUCUGGGUCUGGGCUACGUUUUCAUGAUUAUUCGUCAUCGUGUCAUCAUCGACGACCUUGACAUCGAAAUGGGAAUUUUGCUCAGUUUUCUUCUCUGUCUCAUUGACGGAUUAGCGUCCGUAAUUGGCCUGAACGUUUUGAAUAAUGCGAUUGUUUCUCCAGGAAAACUAUUCUUGCUUCAUGCCACGAUGUUCAUUGGAAUCGUCAUUCACAUGUUUGUCCCCGUCUAUGAAUUUCUACCCGAUCGACGCCACAUUCGGAAAGAUGCGAAACCUACACGACAUCAGUUCCCUGUGGAGUAUUGGGCUUGUCGCGAAGUCAGCGAUACCAGCCAAUAUGAACGAAAGAGAGCAUACAUUGGAUUCUGCAGCGAUGUAAAUAAAAUGGGCAACAUAUUUUGGAGUACUUUAGUCCUCUUCGGAUUCCUCUUACUCGCCUGGCGAAUAGUGCUCUGUCGACGCCCAACUCCCGUGCACCCCGAUAUAAGCAACAGCGGUCAAUUGAGAGAUAUGCGAAAAAGCCGUAGAAGACAAAAGUUGUCAUCGAUUUACAGAACGUGGGAGGAAGCUAGUAACAUGCAACAAAAGCCAUAUUUUGCACACUAUCCUCGAAGUGAUCAACAACCAAUAGAUGAAAAUGCAAAUCAAGGACCGUUCGUUCUUGUCGAUGUACUUCCGUCCAGUGUACCUCAAGGGAUUGGUGAUAUUAAUAAUGAUAAAAAAUAAUCUUAUA